AUGGCAAGUGUAAUUCAUGUACAAAAGAACAUUUUAGUCGAGAAUUGGGAUUUUAAUAAACAGGAUUGGGAUUAUUCUUAUGUCGAUAGUAAAGUUGCUUUGAAAGAAACAAAAGAUUCUAGACAUGAUAUAUCUAAACUUCUUAAAGAAGUUAAGAAUCUAAUUAUUGCGAAUGGGUUAUAUUUCAUUAUAAAAUGUAUUGGAAUUUCAAAAAAUCCCUCUAACCAAAACUACAUUAUUGUUAUGAAAUUAUAUGACGAUAAACAAUUUAAGAUUGCAGCUGAAAAUCAAGAAAAAGCAAUCAAAUCUCAAAAACAUGAAUCAUCUCUAUUGUCAAGUAUAUCUCAUCCACAAUCUUGUUAUAUUAGCCGAAAUAUUCAUACUCUUCAUGGAUUGCAUAAUUCAUUAGAAGAUAUAAAAUCUGGAAAAUUUCAAGAACAACAAGAAUGCAUUGAUUGGGAAAAAGAAAUUCAAAAUCGAGCAAAAAAAAAGACCCAUUCUCUGAUAUCUCAACUUUAG